CGCGCCGGGCUCCACACGCUGCUCUGCAGAGCCGGCGGGAGAGGGCAGCGCGGCGGGAGCACGAGCCCGCAGUGUGCCCAGGCCCGGCCCCUGGCACAGAUCUGGGGAGUGCUGGUCCUCCUCUGCCCCCCGGGAGUGCGCGCUGGUGCCAGGAGCCGGCCCCAUCCCGACCUGAGCCCGGAGCAGGCUGCAGCAGUGGGGGAGCCGGCUCGUGCUCCUGCUGCAGCAGCCACUACCUUCUGUUGGGGGCAGGGAGCUGUGCACCUGCCCCCAUAGCCCUGGCAGCUGGGGGCCCCCUCCAGCAGGGUCCCUGGCCCCCUGGCAGCUGGGGGCAAGGGGCAUGAGCAGGGCUGGGCGGUGUUGUGGGGGAUCAAAGAUGGUAUCAGAAGUUUUAUUUAUUGUCACCAGGUUUACAAUUUUUAGAAAAUCUGGUAUUUACCAUAAAAAGCAACAUUUAUGAUUAUUAACUAUACUAAUAUGCAGUGCAUCCUGUCACGUAGCCCUGCCCUCGUUUUGCUUUUCUGGCAUGCUGGCACUCCAGCACCUUCAAGGUAGACAUUGUGGUUUUUUCGGCACUUGGGCCAAAAAACAUUGCUUACCCCUGCCCUAGAGAGUCACCAGGGCUGUAAUUGGAGUGUUUGCGCUGGGUGCCACAGACAACACAGUAGGUGGGUCCUGUCAAGGAGUCUCACAUGCUAUAUACCUUGAGUAGUGAUGGCAAGAGUGAGUAAGGCAAACAGGAUGGGCUGGGGAGGACAAGGGUCACAGCAAGAAGAGGUCAUGCCCCAGGCAAGCGUGAAGGGACGUGCAUGAAAGGAUCCAUUAUGCUCUACAAAGUGUUUUCGAGGAGGAGGAGUUGGUAACACACCUCCUGUGACUACAGACAAAGUUCUUGGUAAGGUUCUCCUACUUGGUCUCUGCCCUUCCUGAAUACCGCAGCUCAGGGGACAGGACAUGGUGUUUACUUGGGCUCAUUCUGCCCUUCCCCCCUGGAAAGCUUCCCUUGUAGGGGCAAGAGAACUACUCCUUGAGGGGAGUCCAUUGAGAUGGAGGCUGAGAGAUGAAGACUGUUACCUAUUGUGACUAAUCCCCCAUCUCUGGUCUCUCAUUGUGCCUAACCAUCACCUGCUCACUCACUUACCAGACUGAGGCUUCAGGAGCUGGCCUUUGCUAAACGAGUCUGCCACACACAAAGCAAAGGCAGUUUUACUGGUCUACAGCCUGCUGCUGCACUUCACACUGGGGGAAAGGAGAUUUGCCUGAUCAGUCCUGGGAUGUGGAGAGAGCCACAACGAUCAACUUGAGCUGGUUCCUUAGCAGCUGGGAUACAGCUUCCAUAGCUGCCAGUCCUAUGAGCUAGAAAGCGAGACCCAUAAGCACUUGAAGAGGAAUGGCUCAGCACUUGGGGCUCUGCAGGAGGCAGGUGAACAGGGCAGGAAGCCCUUGUGCCUUCCAGGGAUAGGUAUGCGAGUAGCAGAGGCAGUUAGGCAGACUGAUUUACUUAAACGCCCUAUGUGAAGCCUGCAUACAUCCAAGGCCCUGCAGGAGCAAGCACCACUGAACGCCGAUCCUGACCUCCAGCGGAGAUGGCUCCCCUGGCCAAGUGCAGCCAUGGCUGGCAUGGGAGCUCUUUGCCGGCUUUCCAAGAAACCUGCAGUUUGGCACACGCCCUGUUAGUAAAUGGGCUAGUCUGGAAUCCUAGGUUUUUAAGUGUUUGACACAACACCUCGUUCAACGAGUGAUAGAAAGGCUUUAUUUACUACAGGCAGACAAGGUUCUUUGGGUGAAUCUGAUAUCUUUUAUUAGACCACCUUAAAUAGUUGGGGAAAAAAAUGUUUUAGCCAGCUUUUUGGUUCAAAAACCCUUCAUCAGGCUGAGGAAGUCUCUGCAGUUGGUGUGUGCUCUUCCUAGAUGGAACAAAUAGUAUUUACUACAAGUAUUCAAUGUCAGAGUCUAAACCAAAACAAAGUCCAAUAAUUAACUACAAGGUAAUGAUUUAACACCAAACAGACGGCAAGAGAUGGUCUGUUUCCUCCAGCUUCUCGAAAUGGCUGGGGCACAGCAGUAUUUCUUGUCAGCAGUUUCAUAGUUGGUAGGGUAGGGUCAGAAGGGACCUGAGCAGAUCAAGUCCGACCCCUGAUCAUCAAGUCCAACCCCCAUGUAUAUGCAAGGAAAUCCAUUUCAGUUAAUUCAUUCCUAAUGUCCUAGAGAUGACUGAGGUGUGUUUGCACAAGGCAUUUCCUUUCACAGUCAUUAAGUCAAGUCCUCCUGGAAGAAGUCUGAGAGCCAGGUUCUUGAAGUGCGUGCUGUUAGCUGUUCCACUUCUUUCUUAUACCCUUAGUUCAGCAUCUUCAAAGCAUUCUUGUAGUUGUGUAAAUCAAGAGAGUCCCAAGCAGUAUUUGAUAGGAAAAUCCUAUUAAUCAAAUUGCUCAUUAUUGGUUAUCAGAAAGUUUCAAUUUGCAUGACUGACCUUCCUCAGUGACAAGAGGUUAUCCAUUUCUACUAAGUUUGGAACAUAUCAAGAAACUGAUUAACAACCAAGAAAUGCACAAGUUUUUGGGGAGUGUCCUUGGAAAAUCAAAGGAACCACAAGGCAAAAAAGAAGUAAAUAAGGAGGAGACAUCUGUUGCACAUGGAGAAUGACUCUUCCUGUCCAUAACAUGAGUUAAUUGCAAGAUUAAUUAAAAUACUAAUUAAUCAAGGUUGUAUAUUUUACACGGUUACGUACCAGACAACUAGGAGCCUGCUUAAAAUCAUAUCAUGAAUAUAGUAAGAUAAGCUGGAAGAGAUAUCUCAUUAUUUCAACCUAGCCAUGAACUCACAUCCUCUUGUACUAUGCAGUUAGCAUCGAUAUUUUGUAUUUUAACUUUUGUGAGUAGGCCCCAGCUUGGCAUGAGUUUCAGAGUCAUCAGUCUCCUCCAGCAUAGCAUGUGGGAGUGAUCACAGCUGCCCUGGGAUAGAAGCUGUGGCCUGAAGGCAUUUCCUGAGGUGGAGAAACCCUUAGACUGAUGAGGACCUCUAUUCUGCCUGACUUUCCCCAAAGCUCUGGUGAGCACAGCUGGGACAAGAGAAGGGAACGGACUCCCGAGCCCUCGCGUUCAUCCCAGCUGAUGUGCCUCCAACCUUGUAUCGCAGCUCCUGCCUGCGGCCUCAUUAGCCUGGCUUUCCUUCCUUGGGACUGAGCCAAUGGAGACCUUGACUGGUGGCACAGUCCCUGGCAGCCACAGGUUCCAUGCCCACCCAUAGCCCUUCAUGGAGCUCUGCUUGCACCUUUGCUUUGUGUGCGACAGACUCGGCCCUCCCUGCCCUUAGAGAGGGAGGUGUCUGAGUAAAAAAGGUGACCAAACGCCAGCCCACAUGCCAGACCAAUGUGAAACAUGAGGGUAAGUUGUGUUCAGCGUGUGAAGAGCUCAUGAUCACAGUGCAGACAGGCGCGUGAUCAGACGGCCUCAGCGAAUCAGAAGCUGCAUGAGACGCGUGGCUGCACGGCCAGCAGUCACACUCUCCUAACUGAACAUCAGCAGCAUAUUCUGAUUGGCUCAGGAGUUUAUAAAAGGGACAGAGCGCCAGAGCGGAGGGAACUCGGGGCUUCACACGAACAGUUGGAGAGGACUGAUCACCUUUUCCAGGAGCCCGUGUCCCCUAGGCCGACUAUUGUAUACUCACUACCAAACAUAUCAAACGCACCGAGCUCUCGUACAACAGUUUUGCUGUUGUUACCCGCAUUUGCAAUCGUUGUUCGUACUUUGUUGUUCUAUUAUCUUCUGGCUGUACGUUGUAAGAAGCAGCUGCUGCCUACUUGCUGUUUAACUGCUGUUUAAGAGUUUUUCUGUCAUCUUGCACUAGUUGCAAGUAAAACCUAAGUUUAUUUUACCACCUUAACUUGAGUCAGUGUCCCUUUCGUCCCCGGCCUGGUCGUACCGGAGGGUUGGUCAUCCACCCGCUGCAGUUUACCACAGGAGGGACAGACCCCACCCCAGGUUCAGGGUGACUGGGAGGACAGGAGGAUGCCUAUAAAAGAAUGACUGCAACCUGGCUGUUACCAGGCUCUUACAUGCAAGAGCAACACCCCAGGCUGAGGGACAUCACGUAGCCCAUGGACCUGCUCCCGGGCGAUGUGUGCCAAGCCGUGUGGGAGUACAUUGACCGCAAGGACCUGCACAGAGAUCACAGGGACCUGAACUGGCUGAUAGCCCACUGAGCCCUGUCAGGGCGGGCCCGGAGGCAUAGAGAGGGACAUCUGGGGAGACCCAGCUGCCCGUGGCCCAACUGCCAUGGAGCCACAGAGACAAUUGACCACCUCCUCUGGCUCUGCACCUGCGCUAAGGGGGUGCAAAAUAGGGUGAAGCAGCUCUGCGAAGCCAUGACCGGUGCCAGCUGGCUGACCAGAGAGGUGGCGCUGUACGGGCACCUCGCCAAACACCAGGGGAAACAAUUUGCAUCCUGUGUCAGGAGCGCCCUGUGGAAAGCCAGGAACCUCCUGAUGUACAGACACAUGGAGGUAGAGGUGGCAGACUGUGUGAAAAUGGCUCUGAGUGAACUUCAGACCUACUACCAGAAAUUGGUAGUGGAGGAUGGAGAGGAUGCGGCCAAAACCAGCUGGCACAGAGACGCUUGGCACAGGAUCUUCCAACUGCCCGCUAGCGGAGAAGGGGGUGGUGAGAGCGAGGAAGAGAGAAACGGGACUGAGGACAGUGACAGUGACAGCAGCAGUGAGUCCUCCAGUGGGAGCUGGAGCAACAGUGACAUGGGCAACAAGUGAACUGAGUCUGUGACCCUGCAAUGUGGGGUGGGGAUGAAGGGGAUGAGUUGUCUGGUUUGAGGGACCAGCAUUUCUGUGUGGGGUGUACGGGUGUGGAUAUUGUAAUGGUUUUGGGUUGCCAGCAGGCCUUUGUAUGGGUGCAUAGGAGUGCGGAUGUGGUUAUUGUAACGGGUUAUGGUUUUUCUUUGUGGUGUGAUACUAGGAGUGUAGAUAUAUAUAACCUUAUAUAUUUUUCUAAAAAAACCCCAAACCAAAAAGCAAACAAAACACCCCUCACAGCUCCAGGCCUAUUAGGGUUACCUGGAGCUGUACCACGUUGAUGCUGGGGCUGGCAGGAUGGGGUUGUGUUCCUAGAAUGUGCCUGAGCCCAGGAGGAGAGAGAGCAGCCUGCGGAGAAGUGCUUGAGGCCUGCACUGAUGGGAGAGGAGGAGCAUCCCCAGCAAGGCCGGAGAAUCCCCAUGCUUGUGCUCUGGAUGGAGGUGAUGGCUUUAAGGGAGCAGUGGAGACGAGCUGACAGGACAAGGCUUACAUUGGCUGCAAGAGGGGGCUGGAAAAAGCUGAGAGGGAGGGAAACCCUAGAACAGAGAGAGCAGGAGAGGCUGGAGCCCUUUCCAGCAGAGCAGUCAUAAGGGGUAGGAUGGAAAAAGGGGAAGGGAAAGCUUCUGGCUGCAGCAUAGGCAGAGUCAAAGAGUCUGUCAGUGCUGGGAGGUGAGUGCUGGUUCGUUGGGAGUGGAGCAGGCUGGAGCAGGGACAGCUACAGCCUGCAAGGAGCUUCCAGCAAAGGAGGCCAGCAGGCCCUUUGAGAUUGUUGCUGUCUGGUAGGGCUGUGUGAAAUUUCGCCAGCAGUUUCGUUUCAAUGCUGUUUUGACUCGUUUCAAGCUCGAAACAGCAAAAUCAAAACGAAACAGAAAUCUUCAAAACAGCCUCAAAAUGAAAUGAGGCAAGUCAAAAUGUUUUGAAAGUUUCAAGUUUCAAAGCUCAAGCUGGGCUUGCCUGCAGGGAAACAGAAACUGAAGUAAGGAGAGGGAGGGGGAAGGUGAGGGGAGGGAAGGACUGCUCUCACUAUUGACAGUGUAGCUGGCCAGUGACUGUCAUCCUUUCCUGAGGUCUCUUCCAAUCCCAGUGCCAGGGGGAUGGAAAAACUGUAUAAAAGGCAGCAUUGUUUGAACUGCCCUACUCUCUGCCUUGGUGUCAGUUGGGUGAGGGUGCACCUACACACACACACACACACACACACACACACACACACACACACAGAGUCACCCUCCCCCCCCCACACACACAGUCACCCACCCAUGUUAUGAGCUUUGUCCGUCAGCAGCUAGAGGUGCAGGCCCCAGAACCCAGACUCCCUCUGCACUUAUCUCCUUGACAGCUGGCAGGCUUCAUGGCAGCAGCAGGACUUAGCAGACCUGCACGCUUCACCCCCCUGUGCCCUAAGACAGACACAGUCCCACAAGCACCCAUGUCACGAGUUUUGUCUGUCAGCAGCCAGAACCCAGAAGCCCCUGCACCUAUCUCCUCAAUAGCUGGCAGGCUUUGUGGCCUCAGCAGGGGCUCACAUGCUUUCAGUUUUGGCCCCACUGUGGCUUAACACAUACAUGUGACAUGAGUUUUUUGCUUUCAAGACAUUGUGGUGCAGUUUCCCUGAAACCCCUGCACCUAUCUCCUUGAACCCUGGCAGGCUUCAUGCCCCCAGAAGGGGUACCAUUCCUGCAAGAUCCAUCCAAAUCAGGCCAGAAAUGACAAAGUUAUAGGCUGUUUCGAGCUUCCCCAUUAAAGCUUAUGGGCAAAAUGUCGAAACAGCAAAACUUUCAACGAAAUGAAAUGGAACAACGGUUUGGAAUUGAAACAAAAUUCAAAACGAAAUGCUGUUCUGUCAAAACACAAGUCAAAACGGAACGGUGCUGUUUCACACAGCCCUACUGUUUGGGAGUUGGUGUUUGGUGCUGAGCAGAAAUGAGCUGGACUCUCACCUGUGGUUUGGAGCCCCAAAACCAGUGGGAUGGGGUAGGAUGGAGAGGAACAGCAGUGAUUUGUGGGACAUGGAUUUUGCUCCAUCAGUUGGAAGCUCCUCCAGGGAAGCUAGAAGUGGGAAGGGGGGUGCUAAUGCAGAGUCGGUCAGUGUUUGUGUGUAUAUGUGCCCUGCAGGUAGGCAUGGAGGGCUGUGCACUGCAGCACCCUGGCCUGGCGGACCUGGAGAGGCUGUAAACUAGGAAAGCAGCAGGGAGCAUGACUGAAUGAAACCAAAGGGCUCAGCUCUCCUUUUCAUGCUUGAACAUGACAGAUAAGGCCCACAGGCAGCUGUUGGUUUAGAAACAGCAUUUAAAGGCCUGUUUUUUGGGAAUUGGCUUAUAGGUAUAGAUAUAUGCAUUAUAAGGGGUCAAGAUGGGCAGCAGGGGUUAAACGGAUUUCUAAAGAGUUUGGGAGAUGCACAUGCAGCUUCUCAUGUCCCUGAAAGUAGAUGGGCUGUCUAGCACAACAAGGCCAACAAGGACACAGAGCCUGGGAGCCAAAGGAAGUAUGUACCAUACUGUCCCAUAACACAAGAUAAGUGACACCAGCAACAAGGCCUCAGAGAGCAGGAGAGCCUAAGUCCCAUUUUUUCCCUACCAAAUUAGGAAAAGGCCCGGGAGGCUACGUGAAUUUAUGAUCACACAGAGGAGCCAACCAAAGAUAGCCAUAAUGUAGAGUCAUCAGGAAUCAUUAAGGGGGAAGGAGAAUACAAAAACAGAGACUUGAGAUUAAUAAAGGGCCCUUCUUGUCCACCCCGUCCCUCCUUUUGUCCCUCCCAUCCCUCCCUUUGUCCCGUCCCUCCUUGCUUUGCUCCUUGAGAGGGGUCCCCAUCCCCACCCCUGUCCCCCGGGAGUCCCUGAAGUCACCAUGGACUGAGGGCAUACCAGCAGCCCAUCUCAUUCACCCCGCUGGAGUGGGGCUGUGGACCUCAGCAUCCUACCUCCAGACCACUGACACCUAAGAAAGAGCCUCGACCUGGAGCCUGCAUCUUGACCAGAUGUACUUUGACUCUGAUGACAGCACUAGGAUUGGUAGGUAUAGAAUUGUUUGAUUGUUUGUAUUGUUGGUUUUUUGUUCUUACUCUGUAUCAAUAAAUUCUCCUAUUAUCGACUGGCAGGUGUUGUGGUCGGUCUGAGGGUUGUGCCCGCUCGGAACAAAGGUAUAGGUGCCGGGUCCAAAUCCAGUGUCAACAGCAGCUGUGCCUGCCGUGUGGGGCUGUUUGUGAGUGGGUGUCAGGGUGGGAAAUUCACUAGAACUGCAAAGCUUUGCCUUAGGUGCCUGCCAGAGCCUACUCAGCAGCAUCCGGUUAUGAUGUAGGCAUAGGCCACUGCCCUGACCUGGUCAAAUGAUCCAUAGGGGUUAACUAGUUGGUGGUGGAGCCCACAUUCUUAAUAAAACACUUAACUUUAUUUACUUUUUAGGAAAUAUUUCUAGCUACCGGAUGUAGGCAUUUACCAACUAGGCAAGGCUCUUCCUCAUGCUUCUGGAGUAACAUGUAAAACAAACAGGCAAGAGUCUGCUGAUUGCUAUGGGGGUGGAAUUAUGAGUUGUAAUUAACAUUUUUAUGGCCAGAGUUAUUGAUUCUUGACAGAUUGGCUCCAGUUGCAUGACAUAGAUAUAUAGGAGCACUCAUACUCCUUGCUCACCUUGGGGAUCUUGAAGAAGUUGCUACUGCUGAUCAUCAUAAAACAGGAAGCACUUGGGAAGAAGGAUGUUGCUGUUAGAAACAGUCGCGCUUCUGCUGCUGCUGAGCUGCCCAGGCCUUGGGAAACCCACUGAGCUGAUCAGCUGCCUUCCUGGAUGGUCCUACUCCAAAACCAGCUGCUUCAGGUACUUCCGGAGUCAGCGGAGCUGGGCGGAAGCUGAGGCCCAUUGUCAGUCAUUAAAGAAGGAUGCUCAUUUGGCCACUCUCCAUGAGGCCAAGGACCUGCAUUACAUUGCCCUGGUUGUUUCAUACUAUCAGCAAACCCAACCUGUGUGGAUUGGCCUGAAUUACCCUCAGAAGAACCAAGACUGGAAGUGGCUUGAUGGAAGCACAUAUAAGUCCACUUCAUGGCUUUCUGCCAGUGGGAGCCAUAGUGGAUCAUGUGCCAAGCUCUCCCAGGAUUAUGGGUUUAAGAAGUGGUCUGGUGCUGACUGCCAUGAAGCUCAUCACUUCGUGUGCAAGUACACAGUCCUACACUGAGCAACAGGUCCCACAGCCACCAGUCCCUGCUCCUUGUGCUAUCCUGACACCUUCAUCACAUGGCAAAGCUUGAUUUAGUUCCUGCCAAGGAGAAACACACAACUUGUCCAUAAGCCAUGACUAUUCUCUUCAGUGAUCUCUGCUGUUCUGUCUCAGUAGGGCUGGCUUUAUUCUGCUAAAUGUCUCUCUUACUGAAUGAAUUUUGUGCUAUUAGAAGGCUUCAAACCAAUGGCAGUAGAAUGUGAAAUCUCAUAGUUGCAGGCUGGAGGCCAUCUCCCCCUUCCCAGUUCAGAGGCUUAUGUGGGUUCACUUGGAGAUAUCUAUUGCUGGGUUCAGUAUCUCUAGCAUAAUCCUCCCCCAUGUUACCUGCCCUACAGAGAGAGAACCCUAUUUCUACCCCGUGACCUAUUGACUCAGGCCCUCCUGUUGGUAUCAUUGGCACAGUUAGUGCCAGAUUCCUGUCCAGAGUCUCUUCAUGUAGACUCCCAUCUACUAAAGACUGAGCUGAGAACCAGCAGCUCACGUUACACAGGCUGAGCCCACCCCAGUCUUCCCCAGCUAUCACAAGGGAAAGAUUAUUGGUCCUGAAUUGGCCUACAUCAGAUGCGACUCUGCAAGGCAAAGCAAUGAUCCUCUUAUCCUGGGAAUGUCUGCUCCCUCCUUCACUCCUGAAAGCUGCUGGCAGUGUGUGCUAACCUGUAUCUCUGAAUAAACGACAAUGGUACAGCUCUGUGCACAGGACCUCUGUUCAUCUGUGCCAGGUUUUGUCUUAUGGUUGACGGGAACGUCUGGUUUUCUAGGGAAUGCUAUGGAAUGAAGCUUUUGCCAUAGGCCUAUCCUCACCCUCUACCACAGGUAAGAACGCUGUCACAGGACACUUGUCACUGCAGUUAGCCUGGACUCUUACCUGGGUUUCACUCCCGCCCCCCAUCCACACCUAUCUGGCUUUCACUCCUGAGUGUAGUGAUACUUUUAUCCAGUCUAGCUGGCUUAGUUUUGUGGGAGAUAGAAAGCAUUAGAGGUGUGGAAUCAGAAAAAAUAUAUGCCUUAAACUUUGAUUAUUUUAGUUAUAAGAUGACAUAACCGCUUUGUGUAGAAUUGCUGGCUCUGUAUAGUAGAACAGAUAAGGGCAAGUGUUUGUUCUUUGUAACUCUUCUGCAACUGCUUCGCUCACCGCGGCCUUGAAGGUAGCAAAAAAAAAUAUGUACAAAGUAGAUUUCCAGGUGCAAGAAGGAGGUUUGUGAACUAACCUCACCUCCCCCAUAAUUCCCAUCCUGAUUACAGCAAAGAAAUAAUGAAGUAAUAUUAUAGCCGCUUUUCAUGCUAAUUUCACUAUAUGAUCACGUGAGUUGUAAGCGACUGUUAAAAAGUAUAUAAGCCUCCUGAUUUUGCUCUUGGGGGGGACCCCUUCCAAGUGCUUGGGAAAUCCAUGUCACUUUGGAACUCCCCCUACAGCUGUAGUUUCUUUUGAAUAAAAGCUUCUGCUGACCUGA